AUGCCAGAUAUAGAAAACACCCUCAAAACCCACAUUCAGAACGAUCAAGCAGGCUCUUUUGUCGUCAUUGUGCCGACCGAUGCCGCACGUUUGAAACGCCAACGUGAAUUGGUAGGUUAUCAUCCAAACCGCGCAGUUGCUAAUUUACGCGUCUAUACACUCGGAAGUUUCAUUCAAAGGUUAUAUGACCAAGUUCGUCCAGUAAAAUUACACAUUUCCCAAGGAGUCCAGAAUCUCUGGCUCCAUGAAAUCGCGAAUCCUCAAUCCGACAAUCCUGAUGCCUACCGUUAUGAUACGUUCCGGCCCAACCAAAACGUCCCUGUGUCGGAUAGUACGCUUUCCCUCAUGGCAGACACAAUUAACCGCCUUAAGGAAUACGGAGAGGACACGCUAAAUAUUGGAAAUAGUGAAUCACAAAAUCCAACCGAGGAUGAUCUCGUUCGCAUUUAUAACAAUUAUGAGACCAAACUCAAAGACCGUUGGAUAGAUGAACAAAGCAAGCGUCUGCACCUUGCUAACACUAAAAAUUUUGGUUCGCUUAUGAGCGGGGCAUUUCCAAGAGUCAAUCUUGUUGUUGUUGAAGGGUUUACUGUGCUUUCCAAAGUCGACAUCAAAAUCUUGACCCACAUUGCCAAGAUGCCUAAUAUAGAGGUGUGGUUCCGUACCGACUGUGUUGCCGAAAACCAAGCUCUCUAUAAAAAUAUUACCGACCUCGUCUCGCAAUUUAGAGCCGUAAAUGCCAAUAUCGAUCCCGACUACGGGCGCGAACCCGAACGGCAUCAACAUUACGCCAAUAACCUGUUCCGGACGGAUAAUCCUCGCGUAACCCCAAUUGCGGAUUCUCACAUUAAAGUGUUGGAACCUGCCGAUCGUUCCGAAGAAGUAGCACAGAUUGCGCACCUGAUCCAAAAACAUGUCUCAGAGGGGCACUGCAAGUUAAAUGAGAUCUGUGUUGCCUCUUACAAUAUGGGACAGUAUGAACGACGCAUCGCUGAGAUUUUUCCAACUUACGGUAUCCCCUACUCGCUCGUAGAAAGGCUGCCCUUGACAAGAUCAGAGGUUGUCAAAGCGAUAUUUUCUCGCCUUUCAUCACGCCGAGUUCCGCUAAAUGAUACCUAUUUCUCUGAUGUUGAACCGGCAUCACAUACAAGUAGAUUUCACCCCAAUGAGUUUCAGAGAUAUGUUGAUGACUUACUCAAAGACGGUGCGGUCGUCCAACACAUUCUAAACCCGAUGCUCCCCAAAAAUAGCGAAAUAGUUGAAGGUGAGGUUGAAGCGUAUCGCCAAUUCAAGAGGAUUGUUAAAGAACUCUGUGGCGUGCUAAAAUCGGAGAGCGAAAGAUCGCGAUCCCUUGAUGAAUAUAUUGAAAAACUCCAUCACAUUGCAAAGCAUACAAACUAUCAAAACAGGGCAACGACGAAGGAAGAAACCGUCAAAAUUGCGCCGCAACUCAGUGAACUGAGAAACUUGGAGUUUAACACCGUCUUUUUAUGUAAUUUUGUAGAGGGCAGUUUUCCAGAAAAUUAUCGCCCGGAUCCACUACUUCCAGACCACUCUUAUCGUACUGAAGAAGAGCAUCUGUACAAUAAUCGGUUCAUGUUCUAUGGCGUACUCAAGUCUUUUAGAGAACGACUUUAUCUCCUUAUUCCACAACGCGAGCGCGAAGCGGAACUAAUCCCUUCUCCUUUUCUUGGACAAUUAAAAGCAAUCACCGACGUUGAGACGAUUGAAGUCGCGAAUCCUGAACGAGGCAGUGUCCCAGGUUUUCUCAGUACAUACGGCAAUCACGUAUGGACAACACCUACCGCCUCCAAUGGGCAAUUCCCUGCUGAGAUUGCGAAUAUGCGUCCUCUAAUAGACCAUGGCGUUGCAAUUGAAAAGAGCCGCGAGACGACACAUGAACAUCUGGCUUAUGAAGGGGUGUUAACGGCAGGGACCCUUUUAGCUGAAAGCCAAGAGCAGUUGGCAAGUCGGCGACAGCGGACCUAUUCCGUAACAGAAUUGGAAACUUACGCCAAGUGUCCGUUUCAGUACUUUGUCAAUAACGUUUUGAGGUUCCGUGUUGAGGAGGACGAAACAGAAGAUGAGUUAUCCAGUCUUGAAAGGGGAUCGUUGCUUCACAAAAUUCUCUUCAUAUUCUACUACAAUCGUCGGGAGCGGGAAGAUCCUCCCAUCGGACGAUGUAAUGAUGCUGACUUUGAAGAAGCCAUACAACAAUUGGAUGAAAUUUUAGAGAAUGCUUCUGAAGAACGCCGCGGACAGCGGAAAGAAACUCCUAUCGGUGAGAAUAAUCUCUUUUGGGAGACCGACAUAGGGAAACUCCGUGUCGCGUUACGCAAGUGGCUUGAAGCAGAACGAGUCUAUGAUUUGUCUGUUGUGCCACGUUAUUUUGAAGUCGGUUUUGGACCGGAAGGUGAGCCGAGAAAUCCGGAAAGCAGGAGAGAUCCAGAACUCAGUUGCACUACGCCGAUCUCUAUCGGCAACGUGCACAUGACUGGCAAAGUAGAUCGCAUUGAUAUCGGUAACGGUGCCUUUAAUGUUAUCGACUAUAAGACCGGCAGCUCCACCAUUAGAAUGCCGGAGAUUCUUAGCGGACGCAGCCUUCAACUCCCAUCUACCUACAGAUCGCAAAGAAAUUGCUCGAUGAUCAUGGAAUCACAGGAUUAG